AUGAAGGAACUGUUGAUACCUGCUGAAGUUUGGAAAAUAGAUGACUUCCACCCAUUAUUGUUGGAUUUCUGCAACAAUGUAUAUAAUCAAGAUCCCAUAAAUAGACGGAGAGAAGGAUGCCUGCUCCCAAUCCCCAAAAAAGGCAACCUCGUGAUCACCAAGAAUUACCGCGGAAUAACAUUGACAGCAAUUGCAGCAAAGAUUUACAACCUGAUGCUCCUAAACAGAACAAGACCCAAACUCGACCGAGUCUUGAGAAAAAACCAAAACGGGUCCCGCAUAAACCUAUCAACCUCAGGACAAAAACUCACCAUCAGAUGUAUCUUGGAGGGCAUUAAAUCAAAAAACCUUUUAGCUGCUCUCCUGUUCAUCGAAUUUUCAAAAGCCUUUGAUUCGAUCCACCGCGGAAAGAUGAAAGAGAUCUUAUCCGUCUAUGGAAUAACCAAGGAAACAGUGGAUGCCAUCAUGAUACUGUAUCAUGACACCAGCUCUAUGGUUCGCUCUCCUGAUGGAGACACAGACUUCUUCGAUAACAGUGCUGGAGUCCUCCAAGGUGAUACACUAGCCCCAUGCAUAUUCAUUAUAUGUCUUGACUAUGUACUGCGUAAAGCUCUGGACAAGAACAAUGAACUUGGCUUUGCCCUCGCAAAGCGGAAGAGCAAACGUGACCCAGCUAUGAAAAUAACAGAUACAGACUGUGCUGAGGACUUAGCAGUGCUGGCUGACGUCCUAAAAGAUACGACAUUUCUGCUGCACAGCAUCGAAAGAACAACAAAGAUGAUAGGGCUCUACCUCAAUGCAGAUAAAACAGAGUUCAUCUGCUUCAAUCAAGAUGCGUCAUAA